AUGUUCCAAUCGACCAAAUCUAUUAAGGCUUUAAAACGCGCUGAGUUCCUUUCUUUCGAUCUCUUCUCACUCUCCCACUCUCUGUCUGUCUGUCUGUCUGUCUGUCUAUCUAUCUAUCUAUCUAUCUAUCUAUCUAUCUAUCUAUCUCAGUUUGUUUAUUAUCUAUCUAGCUAUGGGAAAUUUCAGUUCCUUUCUUUCGAUCUUUUCUCACUCUCCCACUAUCUAUCUAUCUAUCUAUCUAUCUAUCUAUCUAUCUAUCUUAGUCUGUUUAUUAUCUAUCUAGCUAUGGGCAAUUUCAGUUCCUUUCUUUCGAUCUCUUCUCACUCUCGUACUCUCUGUCUGUCUGUCUAUCUAUCUAUCUAUCUAUCUAUCUAUCUAUCCAUCUAUCUAUCUAUCUUAGUCUGUUUAUUAUCUAUCGAGCUAUGGGCAAUUUCAGUUCCUUUCUUUCGAUCUUUUCUCACUAUCUAUCUAUCUAUCUAUCUAUCUAUCUAUCUAUCUCAGUCUGUUUAUUAUCUAUCCAGCUAUGGGCAAUUUCAGUUCCUUUCUUUCGAUCUUUUCUCACUCUCCCACUCUCUGUCUAUCUAUCUAUCUAUCCAUCUAUCUAUCUAUCUUAGUCUGUUUAUUAUCUAUCGAGCUAUGGGCAAUUUCAGUUCCUUUCUUUCGAUCUUUUCUCACUCUCCCACUAUCUAUCUAUCUAUCUAUCUAUCUAUCUAUCUAUCUAUCUAUCUAUCUCAGUCUGUUUAUUAUCUAUCUAUCUAUGGGCAAUUUCAGUUCCUUUCUUUCGAUCUCUUCUCACUCCCACUCUCUGUCUGUCUAUCUAUCUAUCUAUCUAUCUAUCUCAGUCUGUUUAUUAUCUAUCUAGCUAUGGGCAAUUUCACUUCCUUUCUUUCGAUCUCUUCUCACUCUCCCACUCUCUGUCUGUCUAUCUAUCUAUCUAUCUAUCUAUCUAUCUAUCUAUCUAUCUAUCUCAGUCUGUUUAUUAUCUAUCUAGCUAUGGGCAAUUUCAGUUCCUUUCUUUCGAUCUCUUCUCACUCUCCCACUCUCUGUCUGUCUAUCUAUCUAUCUAUCUAUCUAUCUCAGUCUGUUUAUUAUCUAUCUAGCUAUGGGCAAUUUCAGUUCCUUUCUUUCGAUCUCUUCUCACUCUCCCACUCUCUGUCUGUCUAUCUAUCUAUCUAUCUAUCUAUCUAUCUAUCUCAGUCUGUUUAUUAUCUAUCUAGCUAUGGGCAAUUUCACUUCCUUUCUUUCGAUCUCUUCUCACUCUCCCACUCUCUGUCUGUCUAUCUAUCUAUCUAUCUAUCUAUCUCAUUCCUUUCUUUCGAUCUCUUCUCUCUCCCCUCUCUGUCUGUCUAUCUAUCUAUCUAUCUAUCUAUCUCAGUCUGUUUAUUAUCUAUUAUGGGCAAUUUCAGUUCCUUUCUUUCGAUCUCUUCUCCUCUCUCUCUCUGUCUAUCUAUCUAUCUAUCUAUCUAUCUAUCUAUCUAUCUAUCUCAGUCUGUUUUUAUCUAUCUAGCUAUGGGCAAUUUCAGUUCCUUUCUUUCGAUCUCUUCUCUCUCCCACUCUCUGUCUGUCUAUCUAUCUAUCUAUCUAUCUAUCUCAUUCCUUUGUUUUCGAUCUCUUCUCCUCUCCCUUUCUCUGUCUGUCUAUCUAUCUAUCUAUCUAUCUCAGUCUGUUUAUUAUCUAUCUAGCUAUGGGCAAUUUCAGUUCCUUUCUUUCGAUCUCUUCUCACUCUCCCACUCUCUGUCUGUCUAUCUAUCUAUCUAUCUAUCUAUCUAUCUAUCUAUCUAUCUCAGUCUGUUUAUUAUCUAUCUAGCUAUGGGCAAUUUCAGUUCCUUUCUUUCGAUCUCUUCUCUCUCUCUCUCUCUGUCUAUCUAUCUAUCUAUCUAUCUAUCUAUCUAUCUAUCUAUCUAUCUCAGUCUGUUUAUUAUCUAUCUAGCUAUGGGCAAUUUCAGUUCCUUUCUUUCGAUCUCUUCUCACUCUCCCACUCUCUGUCUGUCUAUCUAUCUAUCUAUCUAUCUAUCUAUCUAUCUCAGUCUGUUUAUUAUCUAUCUAGCUAUGGGCAAUUUCAGUUCCUUUCUUUCGAUCUCUUCUCACUCUCCCACUCUCUCUGUCUGUCUAUCUAUCUAUCUAUCUAUCUAUCUAUCUAUCUAUCUAUCUCAGUCUGUUUAUUAUCUAUCUAGCUAUGGGCAAUUUCAGUUCCUUUCUUUCGAUCUCUUCUCCUCUCCCACUCUCUGUCUGUCUAUCUAUCUAUCUAUCUCAGUCUGUUUUAUUAUCUAUCUAGCUAUGGGCAAUUUCAUUUCGAUCUCUUCUCACUCUUUCUCUGUCUGUCUAUCUAUCUAUCUAUCUAUCUAUCUAUCUAUCUAUCUAUCUAUCUAUCUCAGUCUGUUUAUUAUCUAUCUUAUGGGCAAUUUCAGUUCCUUUCUUUCGAUCUCUUCUCACUCUCCCUCUCUCUGUCUGUCUAUCUAUCUAUCUAUCUAUCUAUCUCAGUCUGUUUUCUAUCUAGCUAUGGGCAAUUUCAGUUCCUUUCUUUCGAUCUCUUCUCACUCUCCCACUCUCUGUCUGUCUAUCUAUCUAUCUAUCUAUCUAUCUCAGUCUGUUUAUUAUCUAUCUAGCUAUGGGCAAUUUCACUUCCUUUCUUUCGAUCUCUUCUCACUCUCCCACUCUCUGUCUGUCUAUCUAUCUAUCUAUCUAUCACUUUGUAACGUGUUAUUCUUUGUAUUUCUUUCUUUCUAUUUCCUUUCUCUCUCUCUCUCUCUCUCUCUCUUUCUCUCUCUUUGUCUUUCUUUCUUUCUUUCUUUUAUUUUUCUCGUUUUCUUCUCUCUCUCUCUCUCUCUCUCUGUUUCUCUUUCUUUCUCCCUUUCUUUCUUUUAUUAUUACUUUCUCUAUUGCUUCACUCUUUCUCUCUCUUUCUUUAACCUUUUAUUUCUCUCUCUCUCUCUCUCUGUUUGUCUUUCUUUCUCCCACUCUGUCUUUUAUUAUUAUUUUCUCUAUUUCUUCUCUCUCUCUCUCUCUCUCUCUUUCUUUCUUUCUUUUACCAUUUUAUUUUUUCUCUCUCUCUCUUUCUUCUCGAACUCUUUCUUUAUUAAGUUUGUGUUUCUUGCUUUUUUUCCUUUAUUACUUUUUUCUAUUUCUUCUCUCUCUCUCUUUCUAUCUAUCUACCUAUGUAUCUAUCUAUCUAUGUAUCUGUCCCUUUAUUUCUUUUUCACUCAUUCUUCUUACUCUCUCCCUCUUUCUCUCUCUCGCUUUUUUUCUUUCCCUGUCUCUUUCUUCUUUAUUAAGUUUGUCUUUCUUUCUUUCUUCUACUGCUUUUUCUCACUUUCUCCUCUCUUUCUCUCUCUCUCUUUCUUUUUACCUAUUCAUUUAUCCAUUUCUUUCUUUCUUUCUUACUUUCUUUUAUCACUUUUUCUCUCUUUUUUUCUCUUUCUUUUUACCUAUUCAUUUAUCCCUUUCUUUCUUUCUUUCUUUCUUUCUUUCUUUCUCUCCUUUUCUCCCUUCCUCUUUCUUUUUACCUUUUCAUUUAUCCGUUUCUUUCUUUCUUUCUUUUAUUGCUCUUUCUCUCCUUUUCUCCCUUUCUCUCUCUUUCUUUUUACCUUUUCAUUUAUUCCUUUCUUUCUUUAUUUCUUUCUUUCUUUUAUUGCUUUUUCUCUCAUUUUCUUUUUACCUUUUCAUGUAUCCCUUUCUUUCUUUCUUUUAUUACUCUUUCUCUCCUUUUCUCCCUUCCUCUCUCUUUCUUUUUAUCUUUUCGUUUAUCACUUUCUUUCUUUCCAUUUCUUUCUUUCUUUCUUUCUUUCUUUCCUUUUCUCCCUUCCUCUCUCUUUCUUUUACCUUUUCAUUUAUCCGUUUCUUUCUUUCUUUCUUUCUUUCUUUCUUUCUUUCUUUCUUUUCUUUCUUUCUUUUUUACUCUUUUUCUCCUUUUCUCCCUUCCUCUCUCUUUCUUUGUACCUUUUCGUUUAUCCCUUUCUUUUUCUUUCUUUCUUUCUUUCUUUCUUUCUUUCUUUCUUUCUUUCCUUUUCUCCCUUCCUCUCUCUUUCUUUUUACCUUUUCAUUUAUCCGUUUCUUUCUUUCUUUCUUUCUUUCUUUCUUUCUUUCUUUCUUUCUUUCUUUCUUUCUUUUAUUACUCUUUCUCUCCUUUUCUCCCUUCCUCUCUCUUUCUUUUUACCUUUUCGUUUAUCCCUUUCUUUCUUUCUUUCUUUCUUUCUUUCUUUCUUUUCUUCCCCUUUUCUCUCUUCCUCUCUCUUUCUUUUUAACUUUUCAUUUCUUCUCUUUCUUUUUUUUCUUUCUUUCUUUCUUUCUUUCUUUCUUUCUUUCUUUCUUUCUUUCUCUCCUUUUCUCCCUUCCUCUCUCUUUCUUUUUACCUUUUCAUUUAUCCGUUUCUUUCUUUCUUUCUUUCUUUCUUUCUUUCUUUCUUUUAUUACUCUUUCUCUCCUUUUCUCCCUUCCUCUCUCUUUCUUUUUACCUUUUCGUUUAUCCCUUUCUUUCUUUCUUUCUUUCUUUUCUCUCCUUUUCUCCCUUCCUCUCUCUUUCUUUUUACCUUUUCGUUUAUCCCUUUCUUUCUUUCUUUCUUUCUUUCUUUUUCUCUCCUCUUUCUCUCUUUCUCUCUCUUUACCUUUUCAUUUAUCCCUUUUUUUCUUUCUUUCUUUUAUUACUUUUUCUCUCCUUUUCUCCCUUUCUCUCUUUUUCUUUUUACCUUUUCAUUUAUCCCUUUCUUUCUUUCUUUUAUUGCUCUUUCUCUCCUUUUCUCCCUUCCCCUCUCUUUCUUUUACCUUUUCAUUUAUACAUUUCUUUCUUUCUUUCUUUUAUUACUUUCUCUCCUUUUCUCUCUUGCUCUCUCUUUCUUUUUACCUUUUCAUUUAUCCCUUUCUUUCUUUCGUUCUUUCUUUCUUUCUUUCUUUCAAUUCUCUCUUCGUACCUUUUUUUCUUUUAUCUUUCUUACAUUCAUGCUUUCAUGAUAGAAAAAAAGAAGAUAUAAAUAUCUUCUUUUUUUCUAUCCCUUUCUUUUUUUUUAAAAUUUCUGAUUUGAUAGUUUUCAGCGGCCUUUAUUUUCCUAUUUCACUCAAUUUAUUCCUUUCUUUCGUUCUCGUUACUCCAGAAUCUCGACCAUUUUCUAAAGGUUGGAUUAUACGCUGUGUAAAGAGAUGUGAGUAG